CUGUCUCCAGGAAGUCUUGGUCCUUGGCUGCAUCCACAGAACGUGACUUGCCUGCUAGCCGGAGAAAGAAAAACUGGUCAAUUUAUUUUAAAUCAAGCCCAAACGAAGGCCGAAAAUGGGUGAUGAUGAUGAAAAGUAUGAUGGGAUGUUGCUGGUGAUGGCACAACAACACGAAGGUGGUGUGCAAGAGCUGGUGAAUACAUUCUUCAGCUUCCUGCGACGAAAAACGGAUUUCUUCACUGGGGGAGAAUCUGGAGCACCAGAAAAGCUAGUGAAAGAUGCCUUUGCCCAUCAUAACCGGUUAGCCAUGAAGGCCAAUAAGGACAAGCAGGCGAAGCAGGAUCGGGAGAGGAAGGAGAAGGCGGAGCGGGCGGCCAAGAUAGCGGAGGAGGAGGCCCAGAAGAGGAAGGCAGCGGAGGACGAGCCCCGCAUCAAGGAGCUCACCGACGAGGAGGCAGAGAGGCUACAGAACGAAAUAGACAAGAAAAAGGGUAAGAAGAGUAGUGGUGACGAGAAGAAAGAUACUCCAAAACCAUCACCCCCAGCUGAAACGCCAAAGGAGAAGACUGAAAAAGGGUCUGACUCUGAUGAAGAGGAGGAUGAGAAGGACAAGGGGAAGAUGAAGCCCAACGCCGGCAACGGAGCCGACCUGGAAAACUACAGGUGGACACAGAGUUUAUCAGAAGUAGAUAUCGUGGUGCCUUUUGAGGUGGGUUUCCGCCUGAAGGGCCGCGACGUGGUGGUGGACAUGCAGAGACGCACGCUGAAGGUGGGCCUCAAGGGACACCCGCCCGUCAUCGACGCCGCACUCUUCAACGAGGUCAAGGUGGAGGAGAGCUCCUGGCUCAUAGACGAUGGCAAGGUCGUCACUAUCCAUCUAGAGAAGAUCAACAAAAUGGAAUGGUGGAAUAAACUGAUUACUACAGACCCAGAGCUCAACACAAAGAAAAUUAACCCUGAAAACUCCAAGUUGUCUGACCUUGACAUGGAGACACGCAGCAUGGUAGAGAAGAUGAUGUAUGAUCAGCGCCAGAAGUCCAUGGGGCUGCCCACCUCGGAGGAGCAGAAGAAACAGGACAUUCUCAAGAAGUUUAUGGAACAGCAUCCAGAGAUGGACUUCUCCAAAGCCAAGUUCAGCUAAGAUCUGCUGCCGUUGGGACAGACACACACACACCUCUCUGUCUCUCUCUCAUACUGUACUCCUGUGCCUCAGUCAAGUCAGCAAUCAGCAUCCACUCCAAACCUCAGGCCGCGUAACCACACACACACACACACACACACACACACACACACACACACACACACACACACACACACACACACACACACACAUUCUCAGUCAUACUCAUUCACACUCAUUCAUUCUCUGUCCUCCCCAAUCUCUCCCAAGCCCCCUUUUUCUUUCUAUUUGCCCCCAUCUGUCUUAACCAUUUUCUUGUCUUUUUUUCUCUCUGCCUCUUUUUUUUCCUGUUAAAUAUCCCUUCCGUCCCUCAUACAGGGUUACAGAGUACAGUCAUUAUUGUUAUGCAGAAAUGAAUCAUUUCAAGGUCUGUUGCAUGGGGAACGGUCUGGAUUAUUUAAAAUGUCCGCUCUGGGUCUGUGCUUUUUUGCCGUUUGUUGGUUUGUUCAUUUUUUUUCCUUUUUUUAAAUAAAUAAGUUGAAACCUU